AUGUCUGCAUCCCUCACAGAAAUUACUACUAAACUCGCUCAAAUUGUUUUACCAGUGAUAAUAGUAGCCGGUAUUGUUGGAAAUACUCUUAAUAUAAUCAUACUUAAUCGACCUAAUCUACGAAAUCAUGCUUGUUCAAAGUAUUUCUUAGCUCUCGCCUCGAACAACCUUAUUUAUUCAGUUUUUAUUAUUAGUACUUUUUUAUUAAAUGGAUUUAAUAUCAAUGGUCAGAUGGUGUCGAAUGCAUUAUGUAAAAUUCUUCAAUAUACAGGAAAUAUAUGUGCAUUUCUCUCUCCAUAUUUUAUAAUCUUAGCAUCUAUUGAUCGUUUUUGUGCAAGUUCGUCGAAUGCUACAUUACGAAGAUUUAGUAACAUAGUUAUAGCCAAAUACUUCAUACUGAUUGUUGUUAUUUGUUCAUUAUUAUUGUAUAUCAACAGUCUUGUAUUAUAUGAAUUACGUGAUGAUGGAUAUGGAUGCACUAGUCGAUCUAAAUCAAUUUUUAAUCAAGUGUUUCUCUUAAUUCAAGUUCUUUUAUUCACAGCUGUUCCUCCAAUCUUAAUGCUUGUCUUUGGUUUCCUCACAAUAUAUAAUAUAAAUCGAUCACGAGUUUUACAACAAGUAACAAAAAGUUAUCGUCGUACAGAAGGUCAACUAAUUCGAAUACUUUUCCUUCAAGUUAUUCUUUAUAUUCUACUAAAUACACCAUUAUGUAUUCUAUAUCUAAUGUUAAUAAUUCCAUCAAGUUUUAUUCCAACAGUGCAGUUUUUCAUUGCAUUUACAGUCACUCAAAUAUUCUUUCAUUUAUCAUAUACUACACCAUUUUUUCUUUAUAUUCUUUCAGCUCGAGUUUAUCGAGAAGAACUAAUUCACUUGGUUUCAAAAAUGUGUCAUCUUCGACGAAGAGCACGAAUUCAACCAAUGUCAAUGACAAAUCAGCUUAACCGAACAACAGCUCGUAACUGA